AUGACGACCAAGAUGACAAGUCCAAGCGGCUCACCUACAACUACUACAAGUGGUAUGACAGUAGAGGAGCUGAAAGCCUCUUUGGAACAAUCCAACAUUCGCGGAGGUCUCGUAUUGGACAUUGAUGAAACUUUGGCGGCCACCAAUGUGGCUUGGUUCGAACGCUGUUUGCAUCUCUUUGGAUGCAGUAAAGAAGACACGAAUCUGAACGUGCCACAACUCAUUGACAAGUAUCAUUUGGCACAACACAAUCCACAUUGGAACGGCAAUCCCGAUGCCACCCAAUGGAUGCAUGAACAACGAGAAGCCCCGGAAGCACAAGAUAAUUUGCCACUCAUUCCAGGAGCCGUACAAGGCGUCCAACAACUCUUGGCAAGCAAUAAUGUCAACAUUGUCGGAUAUCUGACGGUCCGUCCUCAAAAGGUCAAUGCCAAUACUCGUCAAUGGUUGCAAGAAUCGGGAUUUCCAGCAGACUUGCCCAUUGUGGCCAAACCCGAUCCCGUGCCGUUUGAACAAGGCAAUCAGUGGAAGGCACAAGCACUCCAUCAACUGUGGCCUCAAGUACACGCAAUUGUCGAUGACAAUCCCAAGGUUCCCACAUUUUGUGGAACGGAUUAUCCCGGAACCAUUUACCUUUUUGGACGAGAUCAAGUAGAACCUGCCUAUCAAUGGGCCAUUCCCUGCAAGACGUGGGAGGAUGUCGUCACGACCGUGCGAGCCAAAUGA